UAUUGGAAUUGGGGAUUAGAGUUGUUUACGUAACGGAGUCCCUGGAACCUGGGGGUUCUGAAUCCGAGCCGCCAGUAAUAGUAUAUAAUAUAAUAUAAUAGAAAUAAUAUAUUAUAAAUGCAGAUUGUGAUUGAUAACCCGAUACUGUAGUGCAAGCAACGUGCGACUUCGCUCAGUUAAACCCCGCAGAUUGAGGACAAUAGUGGCAGUGAAAUAGCCCAGAAUAAUAAGAGACAGCCUCAGUCCGGGAUGGGUGCUGACGCCAGUCACAGCAACAACACGGGGAAGGGCUUGCUUGCCGAUAAUAACCCCAGCGGGUCAGGCUGGAGGGGUCUGCUGUCCAGUCUGGGUAACUCGCUCCCGACCGGACUCUGCCAGUUCGGCCCGUUCCGCUUCACGGGGCGCAAGAUCAAAGACGAACUCGAGCAGAGUCCGGAGCUGCCGCCGCCGCCGCCUGGCUCUCCGAGUCCUGACAAGGAUGCUCUGGAGUGGCCGAGGACGGGAUUCAUCUCGCUGUUCCUCCCCGAGUUCCCUCACCGCUCCUUCCCCGGAAAACAGCGCUUUCAGAUCCUGGACUGCAUAGCCAAAGGCUCCUAUGGACCAGUUCUGAAGGUGGAAGACAGAGGGACGGAGAAGACAUACGCCGUGAAGGUUUUGCUGAAAUCUGAGAUUUUAAAGCAGGGUGUUUUGGAACAAUCUAAAGAAGAGGUGAUCAUCCAGCGCCAGGUGCGGCACCCCUUUCUGCACGGCCUGCAGGACUGCUGGCAGACCCUGCGCCACCUCUUCAUUAUGUGUGAGUACUGCAGCACAGGCGACCUCCACACAUACUGGUCAACGCUUGGGCAGUUUGAAGAGGAUGCCGUUCAAGUGUUUGCUGCCGAGCUCGGCUUAGCUGUCGGAUUUCUCCAUGGUGUUGGAAUUAUACACAGGGACAUAAAGAUGGAAAAUGUGCUUUUGAAUGACCAAGGACACCUGAGACUGGCAGACUUCGGGCUGUCCCGUCGGCUGGAGAGAGGAGGAAAGGCGUACACUAUCUGCGGGACAGUGCAGUACAUGGCUCCCGAGGUUCUGAGUGGAGGUCCCUAUAACCACACUGCUGACUGGUGGUCGCUGGGCAUCCUGCUCUUCUCAUUGGCUGCAGGGAAGUUCCCUGUAGCCGCAGAGCCAGAUCACUCGUCCAUGCUGAGGAUGGUCAGGAGAAGUAAAUAUGACAUGCCGAGCACGCUCAGCCCACAGCUCUCCCUCCUGCUCAGCGAGCUGCUGUGUAAAAACCCUGUGCAGCGGCUGCACCACCUCGAUCACUUCAAGAAGCAGCCCUUCUUCCGGGGCACCACCUUCGACACACACCUGCUGCAGAAGAACCCCAUGGGCCUGAUCCUGGAGCUGAAGAAGCAGCAGGGCCAGGGCCAGGGGCAGGGGCAGGGGCAGGACUCCUUCCAGAACUUCGACUGUGACCUCACCGAAGCACUCAACUUGAAAUGACACUUGAUAUGCACAGAUCACCAGUUAUUUCUAAAUGCAGUUGUUCAGUUAGAAAGACAAUCCGAUGAAUCCUGCAGCUAUGCACAGCCUUCUACUUCCACAGUACACCCCAGAGCUCAAACAGGUGUCCAGUUCUCUGAUUUACUGAGUGGAGUUGAUCACAAACACAGCCCUGUUCUACAGACUUCCAGUCAGAGUUUCCAGAGGCACAUCAGAGACUGUUCAUCAGCAGUGUGUCAGUCAGCAUGGGGCUAUUGCUGCUGGGUGGGGUUUGGUGUUUCAGUUUCAUAGGUUUGAUUGAAUGGCAAUGCAGAGCAGUUUAAAGAAGGCAGUUCCUAAGCAGUGCUGCAUAACCAUGGUAAAUGCAUAAUAUAACGGGACAGAAUGCAAACCCGCCCUUUAAAUAACCGUUCCACUUUACCGAGGUAAAUUUUUAUAAUGGCAGCUUGCACCUGUGCUUUACCCCAGCUCUGCAGACACACUUGCACGCAAACUUCACUGAACUCAAAGCUCGUUUUCUGCGGAGAUAUUCCCUUCUUACAAGAGCAGUGUCGGUGGUUAUUCUGAGCCAGGUGGGGGGGUCUCUGCUUCAUUGUGUGUUUAAUCACUGAACUGUGUUUACCGAUCGCUUUUGUACUGAAUAAUGAUAAACAGCAAUAUGUUCUUAACGUUUUUCAAGCAAAUGUUAUUUAAAAUGUGUCGCUCAAGCCCAAAUAAAUGAUGUUUCUGCAUUAUUGUUUGUUAUUGAAUCUCAGGUAUUCACUUCACUGAUCAAAUACA